AUGGCUCCCACGGCAUCCAUCAACGCAGUCCUCGCCAACCAGAGCUACCACGACCAGCAACAACAUCCAGACUCUCCUGUCUCUCCUUCGCAGCCCACGACGCCGCAGUUUUCAUGGCCUCGACGAGUGCGCAGUCCCGAACCACACGUCCCGUUGCGCAAGGCCUCGCCCGAACGGCUGAGACAGAGAAUGUCUAGUCUGAGUAGCAGCAAGACGAGACAGAAGCCUGCUCCACUGUUCAUCACCACGAAUGGGGGCAAGGAGGCUUUGGGGCCUGUGACGAGUGGCAGUGUAGCUCCACCGCACAGCUCGAGGGUCAAUGCGAAGAGCAACAAGUGGUGGGAAGACACGGACGACGAGAGAAGUCCUGCCCGUCAACGCAACUUCUCCGCCGUAGAAGCACGCUCAAGGCCGCGCGAGCUGUCCAUGGCCGAUGCCACUCUGAAGCGACAAGGCAGCUGGCCUUUGGAAGACACAGCUGCCUCGAUCCCAGUGCCCGACUUGGACCGCAACGAAACCCGCACAAGCUAUCGCUCGCAAAUGACAUCUACCAGCAGCCACAUGGACUCGACGACAGGCACGAAUCGCAGUAGUGUUGCAACAGCCGACAGCUCCGUCUCGGAUUGCGUCAAGAUCGACUAUGCCGAUGAGGAAGAGGAGGACAUGUCCAGCUAUGAGGAUGACUUGCUGGACAUGUACAUUGCCGGCUUUGGCACGCCUGUCAACCUCAGUGUUGAUCUGCGAGAGGAGAUGCGCAGGUCGAUGCGCCUGAGUAUGGCAAACUCUCGUACAAACAGUUUCCUGCAUGCUCCAAAAGGCAGCGUCGAUACUCUGGCUGGCCGUCCUGGUAGCUCUCCUUCGACGAGCGAGGUUGCCACCUCACACAGGCGCAGUCAUUCUGCUAGUGUCAUGGAUCGCAAGAGCAUCCUCCCAGACGCAAAUCUCGGCCCCUUUGACAGAAACAACAAGCCCUCGCUAUCGCACACUCGCAACUCGGCCCACAUUCUGACAGCACACGAACUACAGCCACCGCUCUCCGCUCCGCUAGUCACCAUCGACCAUUCCCCCGUAAUACCCUCCUCCGCUUCUCCCAUCACCGCGUCACCCAUCAACAGCAAUCUCCCUCUACCACCCUCGAAACCCGUGCCCCGCGAUCGCUACGGCUUCAAGAAGACUUCUCUUCACAUCCCCGUCGAGGAAUACGACGCUUGGGAACAAGAGUACAACCUUCACCUCGAGCGAAGACGAGCAAAAUGGAACGUCCUGAUGAAACAAUUCGGCUACACCACAGAAAGCCCAACUCGUUUCCCUACAAAAUCAGAAAAGAUCAAGCGAUAUGUCCGCAAAGGCAUUCCUCCAGACUGGCGCGGAGCUGCCUGGUUCUGGUAUGCCGGAGGUCCGAAGAAGUUGGCAGAUAACCCUGGUCUUUACUGGGGUUUGCUCAACCAAGUUAGGGAAGGUGCGCUGAGUGACAACGACCGCGAGCAUAUUGAACGAGAUCUCAACCGUACCUUCCCCGACAACGAUCGCUUCAAACCAGACAAUCGGCCUACGACGUCUGAGCAAAGCCGUGGUAUCGGCGAGACUGAGAAUGAGACGCCGAUGAUCAAAGCAUUGAGAAGAGUCUUGCAAGCCUUUGCCGUCCACAACCCCAAUAUUGGAUACUGUCAGAGCUUGAACUUUAUUGCCGGUCUACUCCUCUUAUUUCUGAAUGAGGACGAAGAAAAGGCUUUUGUACUGCUCAAUGUAGUAUGCACAGAGCACCUCCCAGGCACCCACGGCGUCGCACUCGAAGGCGCAAACAUCGACAUCGCCGUCCUGAUGACCUCAAUCAAAGAAUCUCUCCCCUCAAUCUGGGCAAAACUAGACGAUAAACCAGGCACACCAGCCGCAGGAGCGCCCACUCGUCUCCCCACCGUCAGUCUCGCCACAACAGCAUGGUUCAUGUCCCUCUUCGUCGGCACCUUGCCCAUCGAAUGCGUGUUACGAGUUUGGGACUGCCUCUUCUUCGAAGGCAGCAAAACACUCUUCCGCGUCGCCCUCGCCAUCUUCAAGACCUCCGAGCCGAAUAUCAAAGCCGUAUCUGACCCUAUGGAAAUCUUUCAGCUCGUGCAAACAAUGCCGAGGGGUAUGUUGGAUGCGAAUGGGUUGAUGGAGACGUGCUUUAGAAAGAGAGGUGGCUUUGGGGGGUUGAGUCAGGAUGUUGUGGAGAAGAGGAGGGAGGAGGGGAGAGUGGCUACGAGACAGGGGAGGGUUUUGACGGCUGGUUCCGAGGGGAUUAGGGGGAGGGGUGAGGAUGGGAGGAGGAGUUUUAUGAGGGCGAAGAGUAAGACUAGGUUUUCUAGACGGCAGACUAAGGGGGCGUGA